GACCCCGGAAAUGGCGGCACUGCCCUAAGCUGUCACAUCGAAGACCGGCAACCGGCGCCGGGAGCGUGAGCCGUAGCGGGAGGCAAUCUCGGCCUCUACAGGGGGAGGAGGGGACCCCAGCAAAAUGCCUGCAUUGCCCUUGGAUGAACUACAGAUCACAGAGAAGGACCCUAAGACAGGCAAACUGAGGACAGUGCCAGCUCUGCACCCAGACCAGAAGGCCGACCGCUGCUUUGUGCUGUACAAACCCCCGCCUGCAGACAGCGCCACUGCACGGGUAGAGGAGUACCUGGAACGGGCUGCAUUUAUCGCCGACGACCUCGACUGGCUGCUGGGCCUGCCCCACAAGAAGUUCUGGUGCCAGGUGAUCUUUGAUGAGACCCUGCAGAAGUGCCUGGACUCCUACCUGCGCUAUGCCCCCCGCAAGUUUGAUGAGCUGGCCACGCCCCCCUCAGCCGUCAGCGAGAUGCAGCAGCGCCUCCAUCGCAGCGUCUUCCUCACCUUCCUCCGUAUGUCCACACACAAAGAAUCCAAAGAUCACUUCAUUUCCCCGCGUGCUUUUGGGGAGAUCCUCUAUAAUAACUUCAUCUUUGACAUCCCAAAGAUGCUGGACCUGUGUGUGCUCUUCGGGAAGGGCAACGGGCCCCUGCUCCAGAAGAUGAUCGAAAACAUCUUUGUUCAGCAGUCUAGUUACUACAAUGAUCUGGAUGAAACUGUUCCCACUAUCCUUCAGGUUUUCAGCAAUAUCCUCCAGCAGUGUGGCCUGCAGAGCGAAGGGACCUCCACCGCGCCACAGAGACUGGCAGAGAAAGUCAGGAUGACCCCCAGCGCCAUGCCUCUCCAGGAAUUGAGAGACGUGGUCCUUUACUUGUGUGAUACCGCCACCACCCUCUGGGCCUUUCUGGAUGUCUUCCCGUUGGCUUGCCAGACCUUCCAAAAGCACGACUUCUGUUCCAGACUGGCUUCCUUCUAUGAGGCGUCAAUUCCCGAGCUGGACUCCGCCAUCAAGAAGAGGAGGCAGGAGGAUAGCAAGCUGCUCGCUGACCUGUGGCAGAGGCUUUCCCAUUCCCGAAAGAAGUUGGUGGAAGUUUUUCAUAUCCUCAUUAACCAGAUCUGCCUCCUGCCCAUCUUGGAAAGCAGCUGCGACAACAUCCAGGCCUUUAUUGAGGACUUUCUUCAGCUCUUCAGCUCGGUGCUGCAGGAGAAGAGGUUUCUCCGAGAUUACGACGAGCUCUUCCCUGUGGCAGAUGACGUGAGUUUGCUGCAGCAGGCGUCCUCAGCCUUGGAUGAGACCCGGACCGCCUACAUCCUCCAGGCCGUGGAGAGCGCUUGGGAAGGUGUGGACCGGAGGAGGGCUUCCCCCGUCAAGGAGUCGCCACCAUCCAAGGCUCCCGAGCGGCCUCUGGCCCCACAGCUGGGGCCUGCGCGACUGAAGGAGGAGGAGGAGGAGGAGGAGUGCGCCGGGGCAGCAGCCGCCGCGCCCACCCCCCGCAUCUCCGGGGUCCAGCUCGACUCCCUGAUCUCCCAGGUGAAGGACCUGCUGCCGGGUCUGGGGGAGGGCUUCAUCUUGGCCUGCCUGGAGCGCUAUGGCUACAGCGCCGAGCAGGUGAUCAACAAUAUCUUGGAGGAGAGGCUGGCCCCGGCCCUGAGCUCCCUGGAUCGCACCCUGAACAGGCAGAUGCAGCCAGGCCCGACCCCGCUGGUCACUUCUCGCCAUAACGUUUUCCAGAAUGAUGAGUUUGACGUGUUCAGCAGAGACACUGUGGACUUGUCGCGUGUGCAGAAAGGCAGGAGGAAGGGGGAGAACACGCGGACCCUGCUGAAUGACAAGCGCGUGAUCCAGGAGCAGCGGGAGCGCUACAGCCAGUACAGCGUGGUGGUGGAUGAGGUCAUCGUCCAGGCCGGGGCCGCAGAGGGCCAGCUCGUCAGGGACGACUACGAGGACGAGUACGAUGAUACAUAUGACGGCAACCAAGUGGGCGCCAACGACGCAGACUCGGAUGACGAGCUCAUCACGAGGAGGCCGUUCACCACCCCCCAGGUGCUGAGAACCAAAGUGCCUCAUGAGGGGCCGGACGAUGACGAUGAGGAAGAGGAAGAGGCUGAAGAAGAAGGCCCUAAGCCAGACCAUUUUGUCCAGGACCCAGCUGUGCUGAGGGAGCGAGCAGAAGCCCAGCGGAUGGCCUACCUGGCCCGAAGAGGGUACAGGCACGAUGGCUCCUCGGCAGUCACCGGCAGCCCGCGGGGCCACGGGCAGAGCCGGGAGACCACCCAGGAGCGCCGGAGAAAGGAAGCCAACAAGGGGGCGAGGGCCAAUCACAACCGGCGGCUCAUGGCGGACAGGAAGAGGACCAAGGGCAUGAUCCCAUCCUGAGUGCACUCCUCCCCCUCCCCCCCUCGGAGGGGCAGCCAAGCGAGGCCGCUGCCAGACUGUGCCCCCUCCCGUCUAGCCAAAGCAUUGGACCCAAGGCCAUGUGUGAUUCUGACUGUGCCUCCAGGCCUCCCGCCGAGGCCGGAGAGCUCCUUGUCUUCCCCUCUGCGAGCCUGGGCUGGCAGCCGACACCAGGAUCCUUCCCUCUGACCACCGAGUGCCUUAUCCACCAGUGAGCCGACUCCAGGGCUGCCGAACUCGAGCACAUGUCGCCUGGACCCCCGACAGGCCUUCCUCCUCAGGCAGGGCGUGGCAGGAAUUCUGUACAUAAGACCCACAAAUAAACUGUCUGAAGCCAUUGGGCGUUGUCCAUCAAGGGCCAGCGGCCCCCUUCCAUCCCGCGCUCCAGCUCCCGGGCUGCGCGGCAGAAGCACUCCCCCCCAUCCCUCUGGUCUUUCCCAUCUGUCAUAGUUGAAGCUCACAGUCAUCCCGGGAUCUUAUUGCCAUUUUACAGAGGGGGAGACUGAGGUCCACAGAGGGAAGGGACUUGGCCAUUGAGUUAGUCUCGCGGCUGGAGAACCCCGGCCUCUCGGUUCUCAGACCAGGAUUCUUGUCAUUCCACACCCCUCAGAAAUAAGAUGGGAGGGAGUCAGAGAGUGUAGAAGCUCCCGGGGGGAGCAGCAGACAGGUUUGCUGGGCUGCCACUCCCCUAGCCAGCUUGUUCACACUGGCUGCCGGCAGGGCCUAGGGCACAAAUCACAGCUGAUUCCUGUCUUCCCCUGCCCUGGCCUCAGCCGGUAGUAAAUAAUACAAUCAGUGCUUGUAGCCAAGGGCCCCCGAGAGGCCAAGGGUUUUCUGGGAGCUGAUUUCAGCUCCAGCCACUGAGUGAACUCCAUUAGUGCUGCCGUGCCAGGAACCCCCCUGCCCGGGCUGGCCUGGCGCUGACAAAUCACCCCCUAGACAAGACGAUUUCUUUUCCCACAUUGGGGAUGAGCAUAUUAACUGGAGGGGUAGACAGGGUGUGACAAAUGAGCCUUGUUAGGUCAACCCACACAAGUGAAAAUCGAUAGCGAUUUCUCUCUGCACCACUUAGGAUGCAGGAGAGGGUGCCCCCACCCUUAUCCUGGUCCCAGGCCCUCUGUGGAUGACCUCGGAGUGUCCGUCCUCGUAGACCGCCCGGCUCUUUGUCCAGGCAGGGCCACCAUUUCUCUCCGGCAUCUUCCCAGCUGAGGCUCCUUGCAAAGGAGUCAGAUGAUCGGGGGUUCUCAGUGGUUCUCAGGGUGGGAGAGUGAGGGCUGGUGAGUUGAUGGAUCUAUCUGCAAUGUCAUGGCUUCCAUUCCCCUCCUUCACUUCUCGGCAGAAACAUCCCAAUCUCCACCCUUCCCCACCUGCCUUCGUUCAACAAACAAGCUCGUCUUUUUGUACCACUGUGCUAGGCACCAUGGGGGGACCCGUCACGGGAUCUUCCUAACCCGUGGCUCGUGCCCUCGAGUUUACCGUUGAGCUGGGUAGGGCUGGCACGCCACACACAUCGUGUGACGCUGUAGGGGUUGGGGUGGGGCCCGGGGAUCUGGCUUCAUGGAGCUCACGUUCUAGCUGGGCUCUCACACACACUCAAGGGUGCAUCGUUACACACAUACACACGAGACCACUAACCCCACAAGGGAUGUCCCGCGGCCACGGCGGCUGGGGGCCAGGCGAUCGACUAUAGAUAGUGAGGUUAGAGGCAAAGGGGGCGAGAGGUCGUCGCGGCGGUCAGUCUCAGCGGAGGAGGAGGAAAGAACUGAGCUGGCCUCUCCUCCAUCCCUCUUUCGAGGGGGGCGUCUUGCUAUCCUGCCCUUGGCAUUCCCCCCAGCUUACUAGCAACUGCCUCCUAAACACUUGUGCCUUUGCUCACAACUGUUCCUGAUGCUGGAAAUGUCUUCCUUCUCCUUUUGCCUGUUGACUUUGGACCCGCUCUUCAAAGCCCAAUUCCAACAGCACCUCUUCAGGAAGACUGUUCUGAUUUCACCCUCAACCCCCUCACGGAGCACUUUGUUUUUAUAACUCUCUAAUGCACUUCUGGAAUACUCUGUACUCUAGCUAACUCUGGUGGUUUCUUAUCCUUCUGAUAGACUGUAAGCUCCCUGAGGGCAGGGACUAUGUCUCUAUGUCUUACCUAACUUUGUAGUUCCCCAGAGCACUCAACAAGGCCCACCCUGCACGAGGUUAAGGGCUUAAUAAACAUUUGAUGAAUGAACA